GUCAAACGGAAUACCAUACCAGCAAGCGGCAGUGCUUUAUGUCGUAUUCAUAUUUAGUAUUUGCAGUCUUAGAACAUCUCUCUUCCAGAAUUUACAGAUUUAGGAAUGGCGGGAACUCUUCACACUCUAGUUCACAGACAUGCAACGGUCAGUAACGGAAAAUCUUGUCAGCGAAAACCUAUUGUUCCGGCUCAUUAUAUCCGAUUCCGUGGCAUUUCUCGUCUCGCUUGUAACCCUAAUUCUUCAAUCAUCUGGAAAUCCCGUCCAAUUUCUCGAACUAUCAGAGCCAAAGAAAGAUCUGAUCAGGAAAAUCAUGAUCGAAAUCAGCUUGGUAGUGUUAUGGAUUCAGCAACUGAGUUAUCAUGGGUGAAACCAUUAUUAAAUUUCGCUGCCACUAACUUCCUUCCAAUAGCUCUUGUUAGUGGAGUAGCUUUAGGACUUGCAAAUCCUGGUCUUGGUUGUCUUGCCAACAAAUAUUGUGUAUCAAAGUUCAGCACUUUUGGGAUUUUUCUUAUUUCAGGGCUGAUGUUGCAGAGUAAGGAAAUUAGUGCCGCAGUAAAAGCAUGGCCUGCUGGACUGUUUGGGCUAGUUUCCAUUUUGUUAUUAAGUCCCUUCUUUUCAAGGAUUAUUUUGCAACUUAAGCUGUACCCGCAAGAAUUUGUCACAGGUUUAGCUAUUUUUAGCUGCAUGCCAACAACGCUGUCUAGCGGAGUGGCAUUGACACAGCUUGUUGGGGGAAACUCAGCUCUUGCCCUUGCAAUGACAGUGAUAUCAAAUCUGUUAGGCAUUUUCAUUGUACCCCUUUCCCUCUCAAAGUUCAUAGCAGCUGGAGUUGGUGUACCUGUUCCAACUGAGCAAUUGUUUAGAAGCCUUAUUGUGACACUUUUGGUCCCUUUGAUAUUAGGGAAGGGGCUUAUACAUGCUUUUGAUAUGCAGGUCGCUCGAGAUAUCUUCUAUGGUGUGGCAGAAUAUGUUGAUCAGAACCGUAAACUUUUCUCCAUGAUGAGUGCUAUUUUCCUCAGCCUUGUUCCAUGGAUGCAAGUGAGCAGAUCAAGGCCAUUGCUUUUAAUGGUUAAGCCAGCUGUAUUUUUUGUAGCCAUUGGGCUGGGAUCACUGCUGCAUCUCAUCCUAUUGGCUUUGAAUGCUCUUUUAUUAAAGAGCCUUUCGAGUGUCUCUGGUGGUAGAGAAUCAGUUUUUUCAGAGAAAGGGAAUGCCCGUGCUGUUGUAAUUGUUGCAAGCCAGAAAACACUUCCUGUAAUGGUAGCAGUUGUGGAGCAGCUCGGUGGUGCUCUUGGUGAAUCAGGCUUGCUGGUUCUUCCUUGUGUUGCAGCACAUAUCAACCAGAUCAUCAUUGACUCUUUUCUAGUAAAUUCCUGGCUUCAAAAAGAUAAGUCAUUUUAUAAUGCCAAGGAAGCAUAACACAUGGACGAGCAUAAUUUGAGGAAGAGACCAUGGACAGGGAGUAUGCAGGAAUCAGAACCUCGAGCAAUGUAUCAAGGAUUACAAGGAGCAAAAGAGCAGGGGUGGUCGUAUGUAGUAGUUUGGACGGAUUGUCAAGAGGUUGUAGAAUGGCUCAAGCAAGCAAUUAUGAAAUAAGGUUGACCUUGGGAGAUGUUGAACUUAUUGUAUGAUGUUUCUAAGCUUAUGGAAUGUUUUGAAGUUGUACAUUUUGAAAAGUAAAGGGAUGAGGUAUCUGUUGCCCAUAAGUGGGCAGUGAAGUCAAGGUUGUGUAAGCUCUCGACGUCACAUUUUAUGAAUGUAGAAACUGCUUUAUUUACGUAAUGAAGUUUUUUCUUUUAUCA